AUGGCCGACCUCGACGCGCGGCCCAGCGCGGAUCUCGCCGCCGAGAAUGCGCUGUUUGAGAGCUGCCUCGCCCGCGCGGCGGCCCGCAACCCCGCCGCAUUUGAGGAGGGCGGCGAGAUGGCACUUCCGGCUGACGCGGAGGGGGUGGCGCUGGAUGCGCACCAGCGAUACGAGGUGGCGGCCCUCGAGAUUGACGACAUUCGUGAGGAGACGGGUGAGGUGCGGGCGCAGCACGAAGCGCUCAUGGACGCACUGCGCGCUCAGAUCGAGGCGACCGACGUGCGGAUUGCAGAGAUCAAAAAGGACGCGUACGAGUUCAAGCGGGACAUUGUGAUUGGGGCGGAGAGCUCGCGCACGGGCAAGACCGUCGCGGAGAAGGCGGUCCGCUACAUGGACGACAAGAUCCGCGCCAAGGGCGCCGUGACCGAGAAGCUGCGCCUCAAAAACUCGCAGAUCAAGGCGCAGGCGCAGAAGCUGGAGGCGCAGCUGCAGCAGAAGGAGGACGCGGGUGGUUCGCUGCGCGCGGUCGACUUUGACCAGCUCAAGAUUGAGAACCAGCAGCAGCUCGAGAAGAUCGAGGAGCGCAACAGCGAGCUGCUGCGGCUCAAGCUCACGACGGGCAACACGAUCCACGUGCUGAACAGCCUCAAGCAGCGGCUCGCCGCGCUGAACGAGGAGUCGGAGUGGCUCCGCGGCGAGGCGGCCGGCCGGCACGCCGCCAUCGCCAAGCUCGCCGACGAGGCGAAGCGCGUCGACGCGGAGCGCGAGCGCGCCGCGCGGCUCGAGCGCAAGGCCAAGCGCGAGGCGGCGGUGGCGGAGACGUCCAAGAUGCCAAACGUGAUGGAGUACGUGCAGCAGAAGGCGCAGGCGUACGAGCUGGAGAAGCGGAUCGCCUCACUGCGCAAAAAGUGCGAACUCGCGGAGAUGGCGCAAGUGGGCGCCUUCCUUGCUGCCUUCACCUUCCGCACCCUGUCGGGCGCCCUCCAUGCCGUCUUCUGCCCUGUCCACCUUUUUCCAGCCAUGUCGGCAACCGGCAUCGUGUUAGCGGACGGCGGCCCGUCCGACAACGUGGUGAUCGGCACGUACGAGGUGGAGGCCUUCGCGCUCGCCUCUCAGGGCAUGCAGCAGCAAGCGCCGGCGGCCCACGCUCGCGGCGGCGCCAUGAUGAGGCCAUAUGUGCCUGACCCAGUGCACUGGGACGACGGGAAGCGGUGCCUUCUCGUGACGUCGCCGACCGGCGUCUCGCCCGCAGCCAAGAAGGUGACGCGCUGGUCGUCGGCGGAGGACGCGCUCUUUGCCGACCUGGUCAAGGACGAUGUGGGCGGCGACGAGGAGUCUCCAGAGGAGUCGGAGGGCGCGGCGGGCAGCCAUGCGGCGCUCUUCGACCUCAGCGGCAGCCCCUACACCCGCCUGCGGCGCAGCGCGCCCGAGCCACUGCGGAGACAGUACUCGGACGACGGCGAGGGCUCGCUCGAGCCGAGCGAGCGCGAGGGCAGGAAGGACGUGCCCAUGUGGACCGUCGAGGAGGACCUGCUCAUCCUCAAGCUGGUGGAGACGCACGGCAAGAAGUGGUCCAAGAUCGCCGCCCACCUGCCGGGCCGCACCGACAACGGCGUGCGCAACCGCUGGAACCGCAUGGAGAAGGCGCAGACCCUGCGCACAAAGCACGGCGCCGAGCACGGCUACCGCUGCCGCCGGUGCGGGCAGCCCAAGCGCGGGCACAUCUGCGCGGCGCUGACGUCGGGCGACCAGCCCGAGGGCGACAACCUCACCCAAAAGGCGGCGGAGCUCUCCGCCCUCUCCGCCAAGAAGAUGCAGCAGGUCCUCGACGAGAAGGCGCAGGCGGCCAAGGACAACCGCCGCCCGUCGCAGAGCCGGCAGCAGCGCUCCUCCAGCUGCUCGAGCGGCGGCCCGACGCGCGGGACGGCCCCGCCGCUCCGCCACAGCAAGUCGGGCGCGUCCGGGCCGCCGCCCCCUUCCAAGGCAGGCGCCAAGCCGCCGCGCGCCGCCCCCAAGGGGCCGACUUACCGCGGCUCGGCCGGCCACCUCACCGUCGAGACGGGCGCGCAGGAGCCGCUCGCCUCGAUGGACGAGUCGCAGCUGGACGCCUUUUUAACGGAGCUGCACCUCUCGCUCGCGAUGCCCACGACGCCCAACGGCGUCGGCCACCCCCUCAAGCCCGCGCCGGGCGUGCAGCACCCGGAGCUCGAGUCGAUCCUUCUCUCCGGGGCUGCGGUCGGUCGGUUGCCGCCGGUCACGCCGCAGCCGAGCACCGACACGCUGCUCGCGCAGGCGAUGCCCUCGGUCUCGAUCGGCGCGACGCGGGACGCGGCUUGAGCUGUCGCCUUUCCUGCGGAUGGGGAGGGGCGCGGGUGUUCACUUUACGGCAACCUAUUCCUGCGGGGCGCGCAACGCAGCGAGUCGCGGGCGAGCCUCCAGCAACGUUGCUGGCGACAUACGUUGGGUAUCGGGCAUGACUAUUCGGGCGUGGUCUGGACUGAAGCUGCACAUGAGCGGCCACAAGUUAUUCACCUCCCGCACGUAGAGAGGCGGGAGGGUGCCACGGAACAGACGUGAGUGGGACAAUAGACCAACAAUGUGAGUUUUCUGUCUCUCGCGUACGUGAUCUCGAGAUGUAAGAGUAUACAAAAUCGAAAGACAAAAGAGAAAAGUAGAUUGUCAAAAA